AGAGACGAGCAUCAACAACACCUUCAUCGCUCUCCAGUGGCUAAAAUACACAGAUGGCUUACGACGAAGAAGAACCUGAGAGGUCAAUGAUAUAUGAAAACGUCUCCGCCAGGAACGCUGCAUCAAAGAGCCACUUCGUUAAAAACAGUAAAGCGCCUGCUGCAGUGCCCGGACUGAAACUGUACAGAGUGGGAGUUUUGAUCCUUGGACUCCUCUGUAUCAUGCAAGCUGCUCUCAAUAUUUCCCUCCGUCUUGCUCUCUUUAACAUGGCCAAAAAUGUGACUGAAGAGAGAGACGAGUUGAGGAGAAUCAACUCUGAUAUUGAGGCCAGUUGCAAAAACCUGACUGAGGAGAGAAAUGACCUGAAGAGGAAGCUGAAUGACUCUGUUUCACAGCAAAAUUCUCUGACUGAAGAGAGAGACGAGUUGAGGAGAAUCAACUCUGAUAUUGAGGCCAGUCACAAGAACCUGACUGAGGAGAGAGAUGACCUGAAGAGGAAGCUGAAUGACUCUGUUAACAUGGCCAAAAAUGUGACUGAAGAGAGAGACGAGUUGAGGAGAAUCAACUCUGAUAUUGAGGCCAGUUGCAAAAACCUGACUGAGGAGAGAAAUGACCUGAAGAGGAAGCUGAAUGACUCUGUUUCACAGCAAAAUUCUCUGACUGAAGCGAGAGACGAGUUGAGGAGAAUCAACUCUGAUAUUGAGGCCAGUCGCAAGAACCUGACUGAGGAGAGAGAUGACCUGAAGAGGAAGCUGAAUGACUCUGUUAACAUGGCCAAAAAUGUGACUGAAGAGAGAGACGAGUUGAGGAGAAUCAACUCUGAUAUUGAGGCCAGUUGCAAAAACCUGACUGAGGAGAGAAAUGACCUGAAGAGGAAGCUGAAUGACUCUGUUUCACAGCAAAAUUCUCUGACUGAAGAGAGAGACGAGUUGAGGAGAAUCAACUCUGAUAUUGAGGCCAGUCGCAAGAACCUGACUGAGGAGAGAGAUGACCUGAAGAGGAAGCUGAAUGACUCUGUUAACAUGGCCAAAAAUGUGACUGAAGAGAGAGACGAGUUGAGGAGAAUCAACUCUGAUAUUGAGGCCAGUCGCAAAAACCUGACUGAGGAGAGAAAUGACCUGAAGAGGAAGCUGAAUGACUCUGUUUCACAGCAAAAUUCUCUGACUGAAGAGAGAGACGAGUUGAGGAGAAUCAACUCUGAUAUUGAGGCCAGUCGCAAAACCCUGACUGAGGAGAGAAAUGACCUGAAGAGGAAGCUGAAUGACUGUGUUUCACAGCAAAAUUCUCUGACUGAAGAGAGAGACAAGUUGAACAGAGCUAUCCAAGGAUGCAGGAUGGAACUGGAAAAAUUAUCUCCAGCGCGAUGGAUGUAUUUUAGAGGCAGUUUCUAUUACAUUUCUUCUGACCAAAAAACGUGGCAAGAGAGCAGACGAGACUGUCAACAAAAAGAUGCAGACCUGGUGAUUAUCAACAGCAAAGAAGAACAGAAUUUCAUAGGACAAUACCAACAGAUAAUGUGGAUUGGACUGACUGACAGAGAGACAGAGGGGGUAUGGAAAUGGGUGGAUGGCACUCUGCUGACAACAAGCUUCUGGAGAUCUGGGGAACCCAACAAUAAUGGCGGAAAUGAAGACUGUGUAGAAACAAAUGACAGUGAUCACCGAAAUAUCUGGAAUGAUGCAUCAUGUGAAACAAAAAAAUUCUGGAUCUGCGAAAACAAAGUGGCUGUAUAACUCAGGGCAUAACCAAACCCUUAUGAUGUUGUCUCAUCAUUAAACAGAUUUAUAUUCCA